AUGGCAGCCGGGACUCCCAAAUUCACGCUUUAUACGUCAGAAGCUUCUCAAUGGGCGAUGGUCCCCCAGCUCGGUCUCGUUGAAAAGGGUUACCUGCCUCACGAAUUUGAAGCCAAAGAGGUUGAUCUCCUCGAAGCCGGCAACUUCGACAUCGACUACCUCAAAGUCAACAACAACGGCACAAUCCCAGCCCUCACGGCUCCCGUCCUCGACACGCCACUGAUGCAGAGCACAGACAUUCUUGAAUACCUUGACCGCGCUCAUCCGGAAAGCGACAUCAGCCUUGCACCCGAGGAUGAUACAACGAAGCAGACCGUUCAAAGGCUUCUUGAGCUUGUUCAUUCCAUGGUUCUUGACAGCAACCUGAUUCUGUUGGCGGCGCGAGACCCAGAUGAGAUGGAAAAGGUCAAGGGUAAUUUCCAUGGUUUCAUCACCACACGUCAACGCGUCCUGGAAGAGAAUCGUGCUCGAUACCCGGACCACCCCUUUUAUGGUCCUAAAGCAGAAGACAAUGGAAAACUCCACCACCUUUACGUGACGCCGAUCGGUGCAGAGCAUGAGCAGUUUUUCAGGUCAACACACGAAGCAUAUCAGAAAUUCGCCACUGCCUUCAAGGAGCUGGAGUCAACGCUUGUGCUACCUUAUGCUGCGGGAGGCAAGGUGACCUAUGCGGACUUGCAUAUUGUACCUUGGCUGAGUCACGUCCUGUGUUUCGCUGGGGCCGAAGACUUCAAUGACUUUGGUAAGUUGGAGGCACGGGUGAGAAAAAGCGAUCCUGGAUUUGCUAUCGGACCAAAUGUUAGGCAGUGGUGGAGAAAUAUGCAGAGAAGAGAGAGCUUUCAGAAAGUGUUUCCUGUCCUCCACUGA